AUGCCAUUAAAAUCUAAACAUGAAAGAAAGCAAAGACCUAUUUGGGAUCAUUUUGAACAAGAAAAGUUACUUAGUUUAACUCAUUAUGAAGCUAUAUACAUGUACUGUCAUAAUUCAAUAUAUGGAAUUCCUGAGCAAAUGCUAAGACACUUAAAUGAAACUUGUGAAAAAAUUGGAGAAGAUAUUCAAAUUCCUAGAACUGCUAAAAUGGCAAAAAUUGCAUGGUAUUUAAAAGAUAAAUCAGAUAAAAAUAAAGAUUUAAUAUCAGCAAAUAUUGAUAUACUAGUUCAUGAUGAAUUAGAUGAUAGCAAUAUUGAAGUAGAUAAGAUUAUAAAUAAUUUAGAACAAGUUUCUUUACAAAUGAUCGAUGAUAUAAAAAACUUAAGUUUAAAUAGUCAAAAUGAUUUUUUAAUUCCUUCUCUUUUUGAAUUUUUUAAUCCUUAA